AUGGCCCGACGAGUAUACUUUGUUGCGCACGGCGGCACCGUGCAAGGCGUCGGAUUCAGGUACUUCACGAGGAAGAAGGCAGAGGAGCUCGGCAUCACGGGCUGGUGCAGAAACACGCCGGACAACAAGGUUGAAGGAGAAGCGCAGGGGGACGAGGAGGCGCUGGGCCAGUUCCUGGGGUGUGUGGACGAGGGGCCUCGACACGCGGUGGUGGUGCGGCUCACCAGGGAGGAGCGGGAUGCCGCCGAGGGCGAGACCGGGUUUUCGAUACGGCGCUGA